AUGGAGGAAGUCAAAGAUGAAGCCAACACCAUUUGGGAUAUUGGUGUAUUCGAUGCUCAUUGUCAUCCCACCGACAUUAUGGCUUCUACUGGAGAUAUUGCCAGCAUGAAAGCACGGGCUCUUACGAUCAUGGCCACGAGGUCUCAGGACCAGAAGCUAGUUGAAGACACCGCUAGGAAAUAUUCGAUUAAAAAUCUGAGAAACGCCUUCUCAGGUCGAGAUGUGACCCAGGUCGUGUUGCCGGCGUUUGGAUGGCACCCUUGGUUCUCACACGAGCUCUACGAUGAUCGCGAGUCAAAGGCUCAUAUUGAUGCCGUGAGGCAUUACAGAUACGUCUUGGCCCCAGAACCGGAAGAUUUGAGUUUCAUCAGCGCUUUGCCAUCGCCAAUCUCACUUACUCAAUACUUGAACGACACUGAACAACGACUCAAGGAUUUCCCACUCGCUUUGGUGGGAGAAGUAGGUCUCGAUCGUGCUUUUCGUCUUCCUGACCUCCCCGCUGCAAAGGGGCCGACAGGAGAAAGAUGCGACAAAAGUGGUGGCUCGACUGAAGAGUAUACCGCGGGUUCUCGUGAAGGACGGCCACUGACCCCAUACCGGGUCAACAUGGAGCACCAAAAGGUGAUCUUGAGGGCUCAACUUGAUCUUGCGGCAAAGAUGAACCGAGCAGUCUCACUCCACAGUGUUCAAGCUCACGGGGUGGUAUUUGAUCUUCUUCAAGCCAUGUGGAAGGGCCACGAGAAGCCAUCAAAGCGAGAGAAGAAGAAGCUUCAACCAGGGAAAUCCGUAUCUGGGGUGAGCAAAGACCAGGAAUCAAAGGAUAUUCUUCCAUAUCCUCCACGAAUCUGCAUGCAUUCGUACUCUGGGCCGCCCGAUGCUCUGAAGCAGUUUUUCAACCCUAAAGUGCCGACGGAUUUCUACUUUUCAUUCUCGACGGCCAUUAACUUCCCAGGCUCCCGUACAUCAACAGACAAGGCCACAAAGGUCAUCGAACUUGUACCCGAUGACAGGAUCCUCAUCGAGAGCGACCUUCAUUGUGCUGGCCAGAUGAUGGAUGACCUGUUGAAAGACAUAGUACUAAAAGUCUGUGACGUUAAACAGUGGCCUCUGACAGAAGGUGCUGAACAAUUGAAGCAAAACUGGAUGAAAUUUGCUUUCGGUUGA